AAGUUAAAAAGAUCUUUUGAUUAUCAAUCAUAGUCAAAAGUGUGUUUCUACGUAAAUGCGUUUCAGUGAUCUAGAAGAGUAAAAUCAUAAACUUUUAAGCUUUAAAGCAUAGUUUUUAACUACAUUAGUCAUAAAACUGCAUUUAUGCAUAGAAGUGUUUUGGUGACCUAAAACCAUAAAUGCAUAUGUUUUUUUGUUUUGAAAUGCGAUUUUGACUACGUUGUUAUCAAUCAUUACCAAGAAACCGUCCUAUCUGUAAUGCUCUUUAUUUGAAAAAACAGAUAAACUGAAUGAUUGAAUAUAUGCAAUUUAUUCCUACAAACAAUCAAUAAUUAGGCGCACCUAGUGUAGUGGUAUCAUAGUACCCUCCCACGGUACUGACCGGGGUUCGAUUCCCCGGAUGCGCAUUUUUUAUGUUUUUAUCCUUUGUUGAAUUUACCUUGGAACUUCCACUUCCCUCUGUUUCCUUCGUCGACCUAGGGAAGCCACAACACCCAAUUGAACUGGCGAUGUAGCUAAUCGUUGGACAUGGUGGUCGAUUGGACGUUGAAGCUAUAGUUAACUCCUUUUCUCCCUCUAAAUUCUUCUGCGUCUUUUAUCACCCACCCAAAAAUUCGUCGAUUAGAAUAAAAAAUUAGAAGAUCAGGGUUUUUGGGAAAUUUGACUCAUAACGACAUUUCUCGCUCCCUAAUGAUGCUGAAACACUCAGGUUAAAGUUAAUUACGCAUUCAAAUUAGCCUAGUAAUUUCGUGAAAGUUCUUAUAUCCCACAACGAUAUUUCAAUUAUUUGACAAAGUGGAAUCUAUAAUUUGGCUAGUCAAGAUGUCAUCAGAAUUUUCGAGGAUGGGUUAGAGGAUUUGGAUUCGAGCUAUGUGUUUAGGUGUCUUUGGUAGUUUUUAUUUUCCUUGCUUUGUCUCUGGACCGUCAUUAAUUUUGAUAGGUGACAAAGUUGUCUUUGUAGUGUGCAUGUUUGUAAUUAGAAAAAUAUUGAUGACAUCGAGUAAGGAAGGAUAUAAAAUUGAACGACCUAGCCACUGAACUGAUUGUGAUCAUGGAAAUAUAGAAAACAACUUAAAUUAUUCAAAUGGCCAAGAAGUUGGUUGUGGAUUGUUGUAAUGGGAGCUAGUAGUAGAUCUACCAAGAAUGAUACUUUAACACCCUUUUAUUGGACCCAAGAAUUGUAAACAAACUCCUCUCAUUUUGUGAGGUUAUUUAUGCAAAAGUAAAAGUGACUUAUUGUUUAUUUUGGCAAACUUUCUUUUUCUUAAUUUUCUUUUUUAGGAAAAGAAAUAAAGGAUAAACACAUUUUUUUGUGUUUCUUCGAUCCAUUUUUUUACUUUCAGAAUCUCAAAAAGGUGCAAACGUUUGCAUUUUUUGUUCAAACAUGGUUUGAAUUGAGCAUACUUUCAGUUCAUUCAAUUAUUAUUUUGCAAAGAAGAAAAUCUAGAGAAACAAGUUAUGGUUUUGUGAUCUCUUUUUUUCCAUAUUUCAUCUACUUUCUCCAUCAAUCGAUCUAUACUCAAGAUUUCGGCUAUCUAGAUUUCACCAUUGUCCUUCCAGCUCUGAUGGGUAAUAUCUCAAUCUUUUUUAAUCUCCUCGCCCUUCUUCAAGAGAAUGUCCUGCUGAUAAUUGACGGAGAUUGAUAGCUAAUGUGUACUAUGUGUUAUAGGGAGAUACUUUUAAUUCAUCUCUCAUAUCCUUACUGAAGGAGAGAUGUAUGGAAUCGUUCGUUGUAUGUAUUUAUUUGUUCUUGAAUUCAUUUUUGUGUUACAGAUGGAUGCUUUUUUUUAUCCGAAAUCCUACUAUAUCAUUGGUGACUUGCUCAUAAAUAAGAUAUUUGAAGGAAAUUUCAUUAACUUUUUGGUAACUUUUGGGGAAGGAUGUAGAGUGAUUCAUGCAUUGCCUUAUUUGCAUCAUCUCUACCAUGCCCGCAUAAUAACUCUAGGAAUUCUUAGAGAUAAAUAUUUAUCCUUUCUUGUAUUGUGUUGGAGUAAUAAUUUUCUCAAUGCAAACUUUGAAUUCCAUUGAAGUUUGAUGUAUACAACUUUAGGAUGCAAUAUUUUUGUUUCUAAGCGGUGUGGAUUUCAUUUGUGCUAGCUACUGAAUGUUGCUCUACACAACUUAUUGAUGGCGAUGGUGAGUUUAAUAUCACUGGAAUAGACAAUUUCAUAAAGGAGGUUAAAUUAGCGGAUUGUGGACUCUCAUAUGCUGUAGUCUCGAUCAUGGGGCCACAAAGUAGUGGGAAGAGCACUCUAUUGAACAAUUUGUUCAAAACAAACUUCAGAGAGAUGGAUGCGUUUAGAGGAAGGUCUCAAACUACAAAAGGUAUUUGGCUCGCACAUUGUACCGGAAUUGAACCGUGUACACUAGUAAUGGAUUUGGAAGGAACCGACGGAAGAGAACGUGGAGAGGAUGAUACAGCAUUCGAGAAGCAGAGUGCGCUCUUUGCCCUUGCCGUUUCAGAUAUAGUGUUAAUUAACAUGUGGUGUCAUGAUAUUGGUCGUGAACAAGCUGCAAAUAAGCCUCUUUUGAAGACUGUAUUUCAGGUCAUGAUGAGAUUGUUUAGUCCUCGCAAAACAACUUUGAUGUUUGUAAUACGUGAUAAAACUAAGACACCCUUGGAGAACUUAGAACCUGUUUUGAGAGAAGAUAUCCAGAAGAUAUGGGACUCUGUUCCAAAGCCACAGGCUCAUUUGUCAACUCCUCUUAGUGAGUUUUUUAAUGUUGAGGUUGUUGCUCUUUCAAGUUAUGAAGAAAAGGAAGAGCAGUUUAGAGAGCAGGUCGCUAAUUUGAGGCAAAGAUUCUUUCAUUCCAUUGCACCUGGUGGACUUGCUGGUGAUCGACGAGGUGCAGUACCUGCUUCAGGUUUCUCUUUCAGUUCACAACAAAUAUGGAAAAUUAUCAAAGAGAACAAAGACCUUGAUCUUCCUGCGCAUAAGGUUAUGGUUGCCACUGUGCGCUGUGAAGAAAUCGCCAAUGAGAAGUAUGCUGAAUUUGGUGCAAAUCCUGAAUGGUGUGCAAUGGACGAGGCCGUACAAAGUGGUUUUGUUCCGGGCUUUGGGAAGAAGCUAAGUUCAAUCCUGAACAUUUGCUUAACAGAGUAUGACAGUGAAGCAACAUAUUUCGAUGAAGGAGUUCGAUCUUCAAAGCGGAAGCAACUUGAAGAAAAAUUGUUACAACUUGUACAACCAGCAUAUCAAACUAUAUUGGGACAUCUAAGGUCUGGAACCUUUGAGAAAUUCAAGGACGCAUUUGAAAAGGCUCUCAAUGCUGGAGAAGGAUUCUCACUGGCUGCAACUACUUGUGCUGAGUCAUUCAUGGCUCAAUUUGAAGAAGGAUGUGCAGAUGCUGUAAUUCAUCAAGCAAAUUGGGAUGCCUCUAAAGUUAAAGAGAAGCUUCGACGCGACAUUGAUGCACACAUUACUACUGUUCGGGCUGCGAAACUGUCUGAGCUUACAACCUCAUUUGAGACAAAACUAAACCAUGCAUUAUCAGCACCUGUGGAAGCUCUCUUAGAUGGAGCUAAUCACGAGACUUGGUCGUCAAUAAGAAAAUUGUUGAAACGUGAGUCUGACUCAGCUGUUUCAGAGAUGUCCUAUGAUCUCAAAGGCUUUGACAUGGAUGAAAAAUACAGAGAAGAGAUGCUUAAAAACUUGGAAAAUCAUGCAAAAGGUGUUGUGGAAUCCAAAGCAAAAGAGGAAGCUGCUCGAGUCCUUAUAAGGAUGAAAGACAGGUUUUCGAUGUUAUUUAGUCAUGAUUCCGAUUCCAUGCCUCGAGUUUGGACCGGAAAUGAAGAUAUUCGAACAAUUACCAAAACUGCUCGCUUUGCUUCCUUGAAGAUCUUAUCAGUGAUGGCCGCGAUUCGGUUAGACAAUAAUCCCGAUACCAUCGAGAAAACGCUAUCCUCUUGUUUAUUGGAACCCACUAGUACUCCUGCCAUUACUGACAAAAGCACCGCCACAACGGCUGACCCUUUGGCCUCAAGCACUUGGGAAGAGAUUCCAUCGUCAAGAACAUUGAUCACACCAGUUCAGUGUAAAUCUUUGUGGAGACAAUUCAAAGCAGAAACAGAAUACAGUGUGACUCAGGCCAUCUCCGCCCAGGAAGCAAACAAACGUAAUAACAAUUGGUUACCACCUCCAUGGGCCAUUGUAGCCUUGAUUAUUCUAGGCUUUAAUGAAUUUAUGACACUUUUGAGAAAUCCAUUUUACCUGGCUUUUAUAUUUGUCGCGUUUCUACUUGUUAAAGCCUUAUGGGUGCAAAUGGAUGUUGCGGGUGAAUUCCAACAUGGUGCUCUACCUGGUCUCAUUGCCUUGUCUGCAAAAUUCCUUCCAACUGUGAUGAAUAUUGUGAAAAGACUAGCAGAGGAAGGCCAGAAAGCAGCAGCACAAGCUGCUGCUGCUGCUGAUAAUCCACCCGGAGGAGACCCAACAAAGAAUUCCGAGGGUGAAGCUAAUAAGAUCGUGUCAUCAACAGGUUCAUCUGAGGUAACUUCAUCUAAAAAUGAGGUUGAAUACUCUAGUGUCUCAUCGAAAGAAGACUAAUGAGAACUUGAAUCAGGGUUGUCUGCUCAUUACAGGGCAUAAUUAAUUAAAUUAUAUGUAGCUAUAUGAAAUUGUGGCUCGGAAUUGGAGCAAUUUUCAAAGGUUCUUAAUGCCUUUCAUCAGUGUUAGUUUUACACGUAUUUGUAUAGGCUGUUUAUUUAUUUAUUUAUUUUGUUCCUAAUACCUCAUCUUAAAGUCGAUUAUUACCCCGCUAAUUGAUUACCUAAGCCAAUGUUUAAAUUUCAAUUUUUUCUAUGGUGAAGACUGUAAGCCACAAUGUUUGUUCCUUUGUAAUUGGAAUCAAUUCUUGAUGGUGGCUUCUUUAAUGGUAUUCUUUAUUUAUGACUUAGAGAGAAUUAUGACUUGACUAUUGUUUGAUCGAGAUAGGCUUGAAUGACCGCUAGAUUAAUUUUGGUAGCUAGGUACUUCAGGGGAAGCUAAGGACCUUGAGCCUAUUUGGGUUGUCUGGACCGGUUAAUAGGCUUUGGUUGUGUUCAUAAAUCAAAUUUUAUUUUUUAUUUUAUUUAAGUUUGAAUGACCAUACAAAAUAGUAGUAUUUCUACAUCAUAGAAAGGAUGAAAUACUUACUCGGAAUAAAAAAGAAAAAAAGGG